GCCGGCGGAGCCCGGUUCCGGAGGAGGGGACGCGCCGGGCCGAGCUCGCCGGGCCGCACGCCCCGCCCCUGGGAGGCCGGCCUCCCGCGCGCCCCGACAGCCCGCGGCCCCCGGAGGACCUGAGCGCUCCGGCUUCCGGCCCGCGUCCCGGGCCCAGCCGCCUCCACGGCCCGGCCCGCCUCAGGACUGGAACCCAGCACUGCCGAGAGGAGGAGGGCCAGGGACGUGGGGGCGGCCACGGCAGGAUUACCCACCAUUUUAGCCAAUCAUGGGAGAGAUUAAAAUCUCUCCUGACUAUAACUGGUUUAGAAGUACAGUUCCUCUGAAAAAGAUUAUAGUAGAUGAUGAUGACAGUAAGAUUUGGUCACUCUAUGAUGCGGGUCCUAGAAGCAUCAGGUGUCCUCUCAUCUUCCUUCCCCCUGUCAGCGGGACUGCCGAUGUGUUUUUCCGGCAGAUUUUGGCUUUGACCGGAUGGGGCUACCGGGUUAUAGCUCUGCAGUAUCCGGUGUAUUGGGACCAUCUUGAAUUUUGUGAUGGAUUCAGGAAACUUUUGGAUCAUUUACAGUUGGAUAAAGUUCAUCUCUUUGGGGCUUCUUUGGGAGGUUUUUUGGCCCAGAAAUUUGCUGAAUAUACCCACAAGUCUCCCAGAGUCCACUCCCUCAUCCUCUGCAAUGCCUUCAGUGAUACCUCCAUCUUUAACCAGACUUGGACUGCAAACAGCUUUUGGCUGAUGCCAGCAUUUAUGCUCAAAAAAAUAGUUCUUGGAAACUUCUCUUCUGGUCCAGUGGACCCUAUGAUGGCGAACGCAAUUGACUUCAUGGUGGACAGGCUGGAAAGUUUGGGCCAGAGUGAACUGGCUUCCAGACUUACCCUGAAUUGUCAAAAUUCUUAUGUGGAACCUCAUAAGAUUCGGGACAUCCCUGUGACCAUCAUGGAUGUGUUCGACCAGAGUGCACUUUCCACUGAAGCUAAGGAAGAAAUGUACAAACUGUAUCCUAAUGCCCGGAGAGCUCACCUUAAAACCGGAGGCAAUUUCCCAUACCUGUGCCGAAGUGCCGAGGUGAACCUCUAUGUGCAGAUACACCUGCUGCAGUUCCAUGGCACCAAGUACUCAGCCAUCGACCCAGCAAUGGUCAGUGCCGAGGAGCUGGAGGUACAGAAGGGCAACCUCAGCAUCACCCAGGAGGAGCAGUAGCGGUGGUCCUGGCUGUGGGAGACGAGGUGACCCAGCGUACCCCUGCACGAUCGGCCUCUGGGUGCAGCCAGCUCACGGUUCUCACUGUGUUCAGAAAGCAGGACUGACUGUCACCACAGGACAGCAGUGCCACUAAGCCAGCACAACUGUUCCCCUUAGGGGUUUUUUGGUUUGUUUGUUUGUUUGUUUGUUGUUUUUGAGCUUUGGAAUUUCAGGAAAUACUUUUGAAGCCUCCCAUUUGAAGAAUUGUAAUGACUUUGCUACCAAAAGUGAAUGUUAAUUCCUGGGAUUGAGGAUUUUGUGGAUUUUUGUCGAUCCUUUCCUUUUCUUUCUCCAUCGUUGCUUUUUCUUGCUUUCUGUGUUGUUUCCAGUAAAUACUGCACAUCAGAAUCUGUCAGAAGGACAUUGGGUACUCUCGGGCUUUCUUGGGUAUAACCAUUGUCAGUAUCACGGCUCACACCUCAUGGCUUGCUCUCCUACAAAUCAACUACUUUUAUUUUACAGUUCAGCACAUUGUUUUGAGUGUCAGCUAUUGUCUUUCUAGACCAUUACAGUCAUUUGGAAUAAAACUUCAAUUUCAA